UUGGACCGCGUAAGGCUCUUCUUGCCUCCCGCGACACUUUCCCUUUCCCGGUUAAUCUUCUAUCGAGUUUGCUCAGACAUCAAACCCUAACCCUAAUACUCACCCCUCAAUUUAAACAUCGAGUUCCACUGUACCAGUGAUCUAUUUCGAACUUCUUUUUCAUUUUCAAAAUUCACCAUCGCAAAAUGGUUUCAGAUAUGAAUCGGUAGAGCAUAUGACGAAGGAAGUUAUCGGAAUUGCGAAUCGAUUGCAUGGGUUUAGAGAAUGCCGGAGCUUCGUAGCGGAGUGCGACGCGGCCGCGGCCGUGGCCAGAAAGAAUCGGAGCCGGCAAAGAAGAGCGUGAAGGCUCGUGCUGCUGCGGCUCCAAGGGGGAGACCGAGGACUAGAUUGGCGGCGAAGGAAUUGGAGCGUGUGGAGCCGUUGAUACCGAUCCCGAUAUCUGAGCCGUUGAAACCGAUUCGGAUACCGGAGCCGGUGAAGGAAGAGAAUAAGAAAGGAGGUGCGGGCGUGAUGGCAAGUGGUGGGGUGAGUGCUAACAAGGGUGACGAUGAUGCCAACGCUCCACCUUUUCCAGAUAGGGUUCAAGUGGGUGGAUCACCAAUGUACAAGGUAGAGAGGAAGCUGGGUAAAGGUGGAUUUGGUCAGGUUUUUGUUGGCCGUAGGGAGCGUGUGACAGGUGCUGGAGCUAUGGAGGUGGCUCUGAAAUUUGAACAUAGAAACAGUAAGGGCUGUACCUAUGGCCCUCCUUACGAGUGGCAAGUAUACAACACUCUUGGGGGUAGUUACGGAAUACCUAAAGUACACUAUAAAGGAAGACAAGGAGAAUAUUAUGUGAUGGUUAUGGACAUACUUGGUCCCAGUUUGUGGGAUCUCUGGAAUUCCUCAAGCCAGACGAUGUCUGCUGAAAUGGUCUCAUGUAUAGCGGUUGAGUCCUUAUCAAUACUCGAGAAGAUGCACUCAAAAGGUUAUGUACACGGUGAUGUAAAACCAGAGAACUUUUUACUUGGUCAACCAGCUACGGCGCAAGAGAAGAAACUGUUUCUUGUUGAUCUUGGAUUAGCAACAAAAUGGAGAGACACCUCCAGUGGACUGCAUGUUGAAUAUGAUCAACGUCCUGAUAUGUUUAGAGGGACUGUUCGUUAUGCUAGUGUUCAUGCACAUUUGGGGAGAACUGCUAGUAGAAGGGAUGAUCUUGAAUCUCUUGCAUACACACUCAUCUUCCUUCAUAAGGGUCGAUUACCGUGGCAAGGUUAUCAGGGUGAUAGCAAAUCCUUCCUUGUUUGCAAAAAGAAGAUGGGAACAUCUCCUGAGACGCUGUGCUGCUUGUGCCCUUCUCCUUUUAGGCAAUUUCUUGAGAUUGUAGUGAAUAUGAAAUUUGAUGAAGAACCUAAUUAUUCCAAGCUAAUAUCUUUGUUUGAUGGUACGAUUGGACCCAAUCCUGCUUUGCGGCCAAUUAAUACUGAUGGUGCCCAAAAGGUUGGGCAAAAGCGGGGUAGAUUGAAUAUUGAGGAAGAUGAUUCACAGCCAAAGAAGAAGGUUCGUCUAGGGGUUCCUGCUACACAGUGGAUUUCAAUAUACAAUGCAAGACUACCAAUGAAACAAAGGUAUCAUUACAAUGUGUGUGAUUCAAGAUUAGAACAGCAUGUCGAGAGAGGGAUUGCAGAUGGCCUUCUUAUUAGUUGUGUGUCUUCUUGUGGCAAUUUUUGGGCCCUUAUUAUGGAUGCUGGAACUGGUUUUACAGCUCAAGUUUUCAAGUUGUCACCUUUUUUCUUGCACAAGGAAUGGAUCAUGGAGCAGUGGGAUAAAAAUUAUUACAUUACUUCUAUUGCAGGGUCCAAUACUGGCAGCUCUCUGGUGGUGAUGUCAAAAGGUACCCAGUAUACUCAACAAUCCUACAAAGUAAGCGAAUCUUUCCCCUUCAAAUGGAUAAACAAAAAGUGGAGAGAAGGUUUUCAUGUCACCUCAAUGGCUACUGCUGGAAGUCGCUGGGGUGUUGUUAUGUCUCGCAAUGCUGGAUUCAGUAAACAGGUGGUAGAACUUGAUUUUCUCUAUCCAAGUGAGGGCAUCCAUAAACGUUGGGAUAAAGGUUUUAGGAUUACAGCAACUGCAGCUACAUCGGAUCAAUCUGCUCUAAUAUUAAGUAUUCCAAGGCGCAAGCUCAGUGAUGAAACUCAGGAAACUCUACGAACAUCUCAAUUUCCCAGCCAACAUGUUAAGGACAAAUGGUCAAAAAACCUUUACCUUGCCUGUUUGUGCUACGGGCGCACAGUAUGCUGAUUUCCAUCACAUGUUAAAGCAUUUUAUUGACAACCGGAUUAUGAAUCGUCAACUGCCCAAUCACACAAGAUCUUCUAGAAACUAAUUGUGCCAGCAGAGAACCAUAUUUUGUUGUGCUAUGUAGAUUAUUAUUCUGAUAUCUCCCCUUCUAUUAUGUGUUUUACUUUGGCUGGGGAAUGCUGCAGAGUAAUGAAUGGCGUUUAGCUUCAUAUCAUAAGUUCCUCCAUAAUGUGUAUGCUGGUUAUGUAUUUAUUAUUUCUGCAUGCCGCGAGCUUAAUGCAGCUAAUCAAUCAAGUAUUCAUAAAGAUGACUUGUUGCUUGAGUGUGAUUUUUUUCAUCGACAGUACUUGAAUAUUAAGAUUCAUAAAAGAUUCCUUUAAAUUAUAAA